AUGAAGAUAUCAGGUUAUUAUGAACUACUUGGUGAUUUAUUAUCGGCAAUGGAUUCAAGAUUCAAUCAAGAAACUUUAAGCUUAAUUGAAGCUAUUGCUAGUCUGCUACACAUGGAAAUAAAACCUGAAAUGAUUGAUGUUUUGGCUAAGUUCUCAUAUACAUCAAGUACAGGUCUAAAAACUGAAAUAAAAAUUUUAAAACAUUUGCCAAAAUCUGAUAAACCUAAUGCUACAUCUAGUGAGUCCAUUUAUUUGUGGCUUGAUUGGCUGAAAACUAACAAUAGUAUUUCUACCUACGGUUGUUUUUAUAAAACCUUACAAUUAUUUACUAUUAUCCCAGUCACAAGUUGUACAUGCGAACGAGUCUUUUCCAAAAUGACAAUUGUAAAAUCAAAACUUAGGAGUACGAUGAAACAGGAACGAUUAGAUUCGUUACUGUUACUAUUCACCGAACAAGAGUUGACAAGUGGGAUAAACUUGGAUUCUGUCAUCGAUGAGUUCAAUACCUUAGAGGCUUAG